AUGGAUGUGCGACGGGAUCUUCGCAAAUUUCCCCGCGGGGAGAGAUGCCCAGAAUGCGGCGCCCGAAGAUGGUAUUUGGAGAGUGGUCUGCGCUUCUGCUCCAACGGACAUCAAGUUGAGGGGUUUAUUCAAUUCGACAUCGGUGACGAUGUAGAUGCUGGAAAGCUGGGGAGAGUGGCCAAGAAGGACAAAGAGGCCAAGGAAAAGGAAUUGCGACAUCUCACUGGCCAGGCAGGCAAGAACCUCUUUCUCGAAUGCCAUCGAGAGGAGCUUGAGACCGUAGUACGCGACUUGUGGGAUCUUCGCAUUCGCGGCUCUGGCUCACUUGCUGUUGAUAAGGAGACGCAACCAGAUGAGGGUCUGGCCGUGUUCAGCUCACAGCCUGAAGAGCCUGAGAAGGACGAUAUACCCAAGAAACAGGGCGCGAGAGCUCAGAGCUGGAACCCAGAACAGAACGCAGAUUGGCCAAUGCCUAGGAUGAUAGACACCCUGGCUUUGUGCUAUCUCGGAUGCUUGCUGCUCAGGGUACCUACAGCUAUUGGGGAGCUAUGCCUUUGGGCCAACUCCGGACGAAUACCAUAUAAACGAUCUUACUACGAUCUCCCGCAAGAGAUGCAAGAUCGAUUACCUUCUGCUUAUACCAGAGCACUCAAAUACCCCCUUCGCUCAUCCCUCAAGGGCAUUGACUUGCACAACGCUGUGCUAGAUCUUGCCCUAUCAUAUCAUCACAACUAUGAAAUGAUAUUCCCUACUAUCAAUGAUACCCCGACCCUUGUCCACUUUGUCCGACAGCUUGCUUUGCCAGUCGAAACGCUUGUCACAGCGAGAGGUAUACUGUCAAUGAUGAAAUUCUCGUCUCAGUUGCCCAUUGAACAAUCGCGACGCUUUCAUAUCGACUAUCCCGAGAUUCUACUUAUUGCCGCAGUCGUUGUUGCCGCAAAGUUAUGUUUUCCACUGGGACGGCACUCCCCUUUGCUUCAGGUCACUAGCACAGAACACAACAUCCGAUUCAACUGGACAAAAUGGCACAAGGGUGUCCAAGAACUGAUAGAUGCAUCAAAAGCGCCUGGAAAGGAACCCAGCUUCGACGAGGUCACAACAGACCAAGUUGCUUCCAUGACUACCGAGGAACUUGAUAGGUACUUUGCUCACAUUGCAAGUACAAUUGACAGGAAGAACGACUCAGCUAUCACAAGAUUCUUUCCAUUAGAGAUUGCUCCCCGUCCAGAGACUCCUCCCGGCGAGAGCAACGAAAAAGACAAUGACCAUAAGAUGCGACAGAUCCUUGGCCAAGUCAUUACAAUCGCUGGAGAGGAGGAGUCAGAGCCGGAGAGUGAAGAUUUAUCAGAGCCAAAUUACGAAGCUUUUCGCUCGGUAGAGGACCUAACAGAAACAGCGCAGGCGCUAUACAGAGCUGCUGGUCACAUCUCAGGAUUGUCACUUGACGAAACAGUGCAGGCAGUUUAUAUGUUGGAGCAGAGGAUUCUCACAUGGCAACUAGAUCGGCGUAGGGAAGAUGUGCAGAUUUUCGUCAAGACCCUGACGGGCAAGACCAUCACCCUCGAGGUCGAGUCCUCGGACACCAUCGACAAUGUCAAGUCCAAGAUCCAGGACAAGGAGGGCAUUCCCCCGGACCAACAGCGACUGAUCUUCGCUGGUAAGCAGCUCGAGGAUGGCCGAACUCUCUCCGACUACAACAUCCAGAAGGAGUCUACCCUCCACUUGGUCCUCCGCCUCCGUGGUGGUAUCAUUGAGCCUUCGCUCAAGGCUCUUGCCUCCAAGUUCAACUGCGACAAGAUGAUCUGCCGCAAGUGCUACGCUCGUCUUCCUCCUCGUGCCACCAACUGCCGCAAGCGCAAGUGUGGUCACACUAACCAGCUCCGACCCAAGAAGAAGCUCAAAUAA